AAGUCUAUUUCAGUAUUUUGCAAUUACCACCUGAGAGGCUGAGACAGUUGCAUUGUGCUUUCUGGAGUGAAGAGCUCCAUUCGCAGUGAGCUUUAGGUCCUCCUGAAGGGGAAGGGCAAGAUUUCUAGGGUUUCGAAGUUGCCUGAGCUGCGAUCUGCUAUGUUCCGCUCUGUUUGACGAACGAUUUGGGAGAAUUGGAAAACGCUUAUUAGAAAGACUGUUGGAAAUGGAAAACACGGGCACAGAGCGGGAGUCAGGGUCUUCAUCAACAGAGGUUUUCAAGUUACCAGGAGAGCCUGCUAUAGUUAUAAACGGGGUGCCUGACAUAUCCCCGAGCGACAUCAUUCCUGCUGUCUGUAACACUGUAAAUGAUGCAGAGUUAAGCGGGAACACUGUUUUUGGUGAAUGGUUGGAAGGAAGAGUAGUUCAAAAGUUGUUUGGGGAGCAUUAUUAUUCUGGUAUGAUUACCGAAUUUGAUAAAGAUGCAGGGUGGUACAGGGUGGUGUAUGACGAUGGUGACUUUGAAGAUCUUGACUGGCGUGAGUUGGAAGAGGUGCUCCUGCCCAUGGACAUAACAGUUCCACUGAGAUCGUUAGCACUGAAGACUAUCAGGAAAAACAAAAAAGUUGUUAAUAAGUCUGGAAAAAAUGUGACCCAAUCUCGAAAUUAUCAAGCCAAAAGUUUGGGAAGUAAGGGAAAGAAGAUUGCAGAGCAUGACGAGGCUUCAUUGACAAAUUUCAAUAGUUCACAGCAAGUAGUAGGUGGCACCAUUUCAAAGGAUGAUGAAUAGAAUUCAGAAGGUAUAUAUGAACUGCUUCGCAAAACUGAUGAACAGACGAUUUACCUUGCAACAUGGAUUAAACAACAUUAUGUGACUGGAGAGAGAAGCCUAAAUGUGAAUAGCUGUUCUUACAUGGUGAACAAUGGAACUGAGAAUCUGAUGAUUUUAGUCCAAAUUUUUGUUGUGUUUGUAAUUUUUCAAUGUGAUGCAAUUGUAGUAGAAUCAACAAAAUUAGCUAUACUUGGUUGGAGCCUGUUCUCAAAAUGUUGUAAUUUUCUCGUGGCCUUGCCAUCCAAAAAUUAUUCUUGGAAAUGAAGGUUGGAAACUUAUCACGGAUUUGCUAGUCUGCUUGGCAUCUGUGGCAGUUGUAGAAUGCUACAAGGUUUUUUAUGGUUCUUAUUUAAUGUUGUUGUAUUUAAUAGUAUAAAUGAUGCUAUAUCAUUUAAAUGGCA